AUGGCGGCGCGCGGCGAGGACCGGGAGGCUCCGGAGGCGCCUUCGCCGCCCCCCCCGGGCCCGGGCGGCGGCGUCAACGUGUUCGCGAACGACGGCAGCUUCCUGGAGCUGUUCAAGCGCAAGAUGGAGGCGGAGGAGCAGCAGCGGGAGCGUGAGGCGGCGGCGGCCGCGGAGGCGUCCGGUGGCGGCGGCACCGGGCUCGGCCCGCAGCGCGGGGCCGACGGCGCGAAGAGGAGCGGCGGCGCGCUCAGCUUCGUGGGGCGGCGGCGGGGGGGCAACAAGCUGGCCCUGAAAACGGGAGUGGUGGCCAAGAAGCAAAAGACGGACGAGGGGCAGGUGCUGACGAGUAAAGGCGAUGCCUGGGCCAAGUACCUGGCGGAGGUGCAGAAGUACAAAGCUCACCAGUGCAGCGACGACGACAAGACGCGGCCCCUGGUCAAAUAGCGC